AUGCCGUCGCAGCAGGGUCUGGAAAGGCUGUGUAGAUCACCCCCGCCAAAUAGCCAUGAAAUGCUAAGUGUCCGUCAGAAUUGGAACAGCGAGGUGGCCCACCCCAUGCUGGACUAUAUCCGCUCCUACUGGAUCAGGUCAGAUCUCGAAUACCAGGAAGAUGACCAACCGCUGGCUUCGUAUUAG